AGAGACAGAGAGAGAGAGAGAGCGAGAGAGAGAGAGGAUGGAUGGAUUACGUCUCUCUGACUCUAUAGUGUAUAGGGGGUGGUGGGAGUGGUCUAAAGUGACAUACUGAGAGCCUGUGCAGACCCGGUUUAAAAUUAUCUCUGCAGCUGAGGGGCACUUUAAACCUGCAUUUAUUCAGCACCUGCGUGUCUGCCCGUGGCCAGUUUUCAUCCCAGCAAACCUGCACCAACCGCAAACGCCCUCCAAGCGCCUUUCAAGCAAUAAACAAUGAAGAUUGAAAACAGCCUGACCUGCCUCCCUGAGGUGCCUCCUCAUACUGGACUACAGUUCACUGUGGCUACUGAGGAAGACUUUGAUGACAUCAUGGCCAUAAGCCAGGAUAUCUAUGGUGGUCUAGACUACCUUCCCACUCGCUAUCAGGCCUGGUUGCAGGAGACAAAUCGUACUGUAAUCCUUGCUCGCAAGCAAGGCAAAGUGAUUGCACUUGAGUCAGUAUGUAUUAUUGACGAUGGAGAAACUAUGCUGGUGGAAGGUCUCCGUGUAGCCCCUCAGGAGAGGGGCAAGGGAGUUGCGCGGGUGCUGCUCCGCUUCUGUUCUCAACUUAUUAAGUCCAAGUAUCCUGAAGUUAAAGUGACCAGACUGACAAGAGAUGACCAGCUGGGUCCCAAGGACUUCCAGAAGUACAGGCUUAUCACUAAACAGGGAAUCCUGCUGGUACGCUUCAGUGCUGAAGACCUAAAGUUACGCCUCACUGAUGUCGGGAUUAAUGUGGGUAUUGAAGGAGAUGGCCUGGCUCCUUCCAGCAUCCCAGUGAGGUUAGAUGCCACAGAUGUCCAGCAACUUUUUUUGAGCAGUGAGGCAAUGCAGGAUGUACUACCCAAUGGCACCAUUGUGCAAGACUGGCAGCCCUUCAAGCCCAUGCCCAGCAACAUGGAGAUCCUGUUGAAGAAAGGCAUUGAUUGGAUGGUGGAUGACACCUGUUGCCCAUCUAUGGUCAGCUUGUGCACUUUCCCCUUUCAUGUACCGAUUGGUGAAGACUGGUACUACCUCAACAUUGACAUGUUUGGCAAAGAUCUGGCUCUGGCUGUGCAGCAGGUCCUAUGUCACCUGAGGUGCCACACUAGCACACUGAAGGGCCACGUGAUGUGCCAGGUUUUCCUGGACCCACCACUAUGGAAACCCAUGGCGGAUUUCUUCAGGGAGACCUUGAAAGUGGAGCUGGUGAAGGAAUACAGAGAGCAAUGUGUAGUGGAAUCCGACUUGGUGUAGCAAGAGGAAGGUUAUCAGCUAGAAUUUAGGAGCUUGAAACCCUUAUCCCACAUUUGGAGGCCAAACAUUAGAAAAUGGAAGAGCUUAGACAUCACUCAAAUGGUUUCCUUUCAUAUUUUGCCCCAGAACAAAACCUUUAUCCUAUAUAUCCAUAGACAAACUAAGAAUUAAAAUCUCCUUCUAGAAAUUAAGUUAGUAUAAAUUAGCUUGAGUAAGUUUAAUAAUGCCUCAUCUCUGCAAAAGUGAAAGCAGCAAUUUGUAAAAAUAAAAUAAAUAUGCAACAAGAAAAUUUGUUAGGGACACUAACCAUAUUUGAGAAUGCAGUACAGUGUGUGUAUGUGUGUGUGAAAUGAACACAUGCUGAGUUGCAAAUAAGACUGCACAAUCUUUAGGCACUUUAUGAUAAUCUAAAUGUAAUAUCUCACAAUAGACUGUGAGAUGUUUGCUUUAGAGACUGUUUUGUCUGAAUGUUGUACAGUAGCUGCUAAUGUUAACUUUUUUUUUUAAAAUAAUCAUUUAAUACCCAAAAUGAAAUGUAGAAAACGUUCUGAUCUGCUUACUCAUUUUUAUGUAUUUACACCAAGUUUAUUUAACAUAAAAAAAACUUUCUGCUAGGUUACUAGCAUUUAUUUAACGUUAAUGUUAAUGUUAUAUAUUAAAUAAUGUUUAUUUAAUAUAUAACAUUUAUUUGCAAUGAUACACAAAAUAGGACAGACAGAGAAGGUUGGUCAUAAUUUUAGAUAGGUCCUUAUUUUAUGCACUGAACCUUAUUUAUUAGUAUUAAUGUGAUCUCCUACUAUACAGUUGGCAGCUGCAAUAUGAAGGUUAUGAAAACCAAGAUGUAAUACAGAUGUUGUGUUUUCAAUACAGUUAAUAUUCCUUUUUGGUCAUGUGUUGUGUUAGUUUAUAUGAUUAAAAACAAAUUUUUUGGUUAGUACGUUUACAUUUACCAUGCAAAAUGAUUUAGUUAAGAAGCUAAUGAACGGGUAUAUUUAUGUAUUUCUCAUUUAACUGAAAGAUUGUGAGUAAGAAAACAGGAGCUAGGAGCAUUUAAAACUAGACAUGAUCAUAACAAAUAAGACACAUUGUCAUUCAUAAUGGGGUUUUGUUAGCAAUCCAUUUGAGAAGAUCUCUAAAGCACUUGAGUACACAUAAAGAGCCUCAUAUUUUUGUCCAUGAAAAUGCUUGAUUUUGAGCUGGAAAAUGAAAAACAGAGAUUUGACAAUGCACAAAGAAUUUUUUAUACCCUUCUUGUUAUCUACUAGUGAUUGCAACUAAUAUUGCAACUUGAAUUGAUCUUAUUCCACAAUUAGUUAAUCAGUUACUGCCUCAGUGUUUUCAACCCUCUCAUCAGGACAUAACUAGAAUAUUAAACUCAUUUAGAAGAAAACACUUGCAUUGGUAAUCAAGAACCUGACAGCCAUUUUCAAUUUCAAAAGAAAUGUUUAAGAAAGUGAUUACAUUUCCUUCAGCAAGUUAACACCUGAGAAACAUUUACCAGCAUUUCCCAUAUUUGAAGCCUCACUUGGUGCAAAGGACACUGAAAAACCAGGAACAGUCACAAACCCAAAUUCUACUCCAUCUGUCACUGGAAGAGUUUGGAAGAAGCUACUGCUGAGUGUUUAUAAAUAGCAUGGCAUGCAGCACAGGACUAAGCCUCUCACUGGCUCUACAAUUGAGAAGAAACACAGAGAAUUGAAAACCAAGAGAAACCAAGCAAAGAAGGUUAUUGUUGAGCAAAGGAAGGAGGUCUUUUUGCCAUUCUCAGAAAAAUGCUACAUCUGAUCCAAAACAUCCAAAAAGUGCUAAAUUUCCACAGUCUGCAAAAGCAAUUAUAUACAUUUAUACAAUCCUCUCUACAGCGUCCCCUUUCUGCCAUAAAUGGCUACUGAGCUGAGUUUUCCACAAGCAUUGCAAAUGUUAAAAUCAUCUUAAAUGAGAGAGAGUGUUCAAUAUAAUGCUGGCUCUACCAUUUACCAAUGAUUUUUGUGCUGUGGUGCUUUUAGGGAAACUCGUUCCUGGCUACCAAAUUUGGUGAAGUAAUAGGUUGUGAUUUGAGCAACUAAGUACAACCAACCAUAAUAUCUAUACUGGCCGUUCUGUCAAUGAACAUGUUUUCAGUUGACAGUGUUCUGAGUAAAAAUAAGAUUCCAAAACCAAACAUCUAAAUAUCACACAUAAUCAGAUAUUUCUGCUGGAAAACUGCAGAAAUCACUGAAGUGAUAAUGAAAUUUAUACCAUGUUAACAACCAACUCUCAUGAAAAAAAUCAUUCUAGCAAUUGAGGUUUCCCUGUAUUCCAUACAUAUGAGUGCACUAAACAUGCAACGUGUUCUAAUCUGAACCAUUUGCAAUUUGUUAGUUUGUUUUGUAAGUAUUAGCAUUAAGUUCCUUUCAUUAGAUAAUGUUGCGCUAUGUUCCUAUCAAGAGAAUGUUCCUAUAAGGUUAAAAAGUUUUCAGUAACUUUUCAGUAGGUUUAGUUUUUAUGGUCUUGUGGUUUUAAUUUUUUUUAAAACAAUGUUUCAUCCAAUGAGAAAAAGAGGUUUCUCCACCUUCAAUUGGACUGUAUAAUGUGUUUCUAAUGUGCACAAUCCAUCAACACCUAGCACAUCUUAUUCUUAUAUCAGAAACGUGUCAGAAAUGUAGUCUGAUUUAGUCUAACUAGUCAAGUUUCUGAGUUUUGAAUUGCUAUGAUAUAUCAAGAGGGACCAUCAAAGGAAAGGCCUGCUUCUAAACAUUUAUCCACACUUCAUGCAACAUCUAGUUAUACAGAAACUCUGUGUAAGAUUUAGAUAUUAAGCAGUUUCUCUUGAAUAAUCAUGAACAGACUAACCAUUUGUGAAGCUCUAAUCAGGAUGCAUUUAAACACUAUUUUUCCUGUCAAUUUUGAUAAAUGUUUACAGUAUGUAGUCCAUAAAGAAGGCAAUAAACAAGUGGAACAAAAAAGAGUUUAGAAGCAAACUAGAAUAGAUAAAGCAAGAUUUUAACCACAGAAAUGUAUCAGUUACAGUAUAAGUAUUGUUUGAUAUCUGAUUACAAACUGAAGCAUUGUAAAAACAGUGUUUAAGUUCAAAUUCUGAUUAGGGCUGAAUAUUAGUCUGUAUUUUCAUUUGACAGCAUGGGUCAGCAAGGUCACAUGUUUGGAAAAUACUCUGUCUUUAAAUAGUCUAACACUGUCUAAAAAAAUAUUGUUGAACCUAUUACAUUCAGUGUAGGUUGUGUGCUUUAAUAGCAAAAACAGUAAAAAUUUAAUUUAUAGUAAAGCAGCACUUUAUGGCCAUUGGCAAAAAUUGGAAGUAUAUUGACCACAAAGCUAGUAAAACAUUUUAGACUUUAUGAUUACUGUCCAUUAAGAAAGAGUUCAACUUUUUUAGUAUUUUCGAGUAUCAUAUUUUCCCCUUAUAUUCAUUCUUAUGAUUUAGACACUGGAAUCUUUUUAAAGCACACCCUGGCUGGAAACAUUUUUGAACCUUGAUGUAGAUAAUGGGUAACUGUGAUCUUGCUGCAUAUGGAGCAAAAGUGGUUUUUUAAAACAAAUUUCUGACAUUGUACAUUUUUUAAUUGUUCUUAGUAUUGGCUCAUGACAACAUGACAAACAUGUCAGUUGAGUUCAAUGUUUUUUUUAUUUUAAUUUAUUUUUUACUUUAAAAAUAAUGUAUGAGCAAAGAAGACAACAGCACCAUUUGAGCUCCACUGAAAUAUCUGUGCUUUAGUUUAGUUUAGUCCAUGAGGCAAAGUCUUGGUUACUGAAUUAAGGAUAUGGAUCUUAAGUGUGUGGUUUUCUUUUUAGGUACUUGAAUGUAUAUCAUAAACACUAUUCAUAACAGUGUUCCAACAGCCAAUACCAAGAUGGUUACUUGAAAUGUUAUGAAUAUCUGUAUGAUUUUAAGAGCGUCAUGGUAUUCUUGUGGUAUUUUGUUCUUUUCCUUUUUCUUUUUUUUUUGAUUAUUAUUAUCUCCAACCCCCCUUACAUUUGAUCAAAUGAAAUGAAUGGCAAUGGGACUAGCAAUUGGUGAUGUAUAAGCAUGUCUUCUCAGUGUUAUGGGAAUUGUGCUAAUUGGGCAUUGAAGUGACAGCGAUGAGGCACAUGAAGUGAAACCAUCAUCCACAAAAAGACUAUUCAUUUUCUUUUGCUAGGGCAGAAAUAAAGACAGGUUGCAGAUUGAGGUGAAAGGCAUAACCAGUGUAAUGAAAUGGACAGAUGGUACGGAUAGGAUGUAUGACAGAUAUCAUGUUACAAUACGACAGCUAUAGUACAGUGGUCAGCAUAAGCAAAUCACAGGUCAGUAGUUCAUGAUGGAAUGUAUUCAUAGUCCACAGUUUGCCUCAAAGAUAAUCUAAUCUUGCAGGCAUUAUUUCUUUUUCUUUCUUUUUUUUUAACAAAUCAGUAGGUAAGCUUAAAAUAAAGAAGAGCUUAAGAACCCCAAGAGCUUAGAUUACCCGAUUGUGUCUCUAAGACAGACUGUAACAGGAUCUAUUGAGUCCUUUGUGGUGUCACCUUGCUGAAAUAGAGCUUGUUCAGGGUAAUGGUGCUAUGCCUUCUACCAAACCUUCACUCUGGAGACUUCAAUGGAAAAACUGACCAAGUUAAGUCAAAAGGGUAGUAGACAGUCAGUCAUGUUAUGCUAAUGGGCUAUAUUAUCUCUUUGGAUGAUUUUCGAACUAUAUACUUUUCAUUUUCUAAUUCCUUUACAGUGUCUUGUAAUAUCAUGGUUUGCAACAUUAUAUGUUUAAAAGAAAAGGUAUAAUAUAACAAAUUACCAAAUGGAACCAGCGGUUGAAAUCAGAGCAAGAAUAAAUAUAUUAAUUAAAAACAUAACAUCAUUCAAAUAUUAUUUUAACAAAUAACACAUAUGUGUCCAGUAACAUCUGCAGUGACAGGCUUUUUGGAUCCACCUGUAAUAUGUUCUUUUCCUGUAAUAUGUUUAAGUAAUCUGCAACUUUCAUUGUUCGUGUGUGUGAUUUUAGAAUUCUACCUUAUUAUAUUAUUAUAUAUCCUAUAUAUUAUGUUAUAUUAUACCUUAUUUCUGCAGCUGCACAACUAAAUCCUAAAAGUGUUUUUUUUUUAAUAAGUUUUGUUAUUUAGAAUCCAUGCACGUUGCAUCCAAAGCACAAGAAACUGUGUGAGUAAUACUUUCUUGUAACUUCCUGUACCAGUCAUGGUCAUUCAGUGGUCCAGAAAUUUCCUCAGGUGGUUCCUCUAAAGACAUAAUGUUUUAAUUGUACACUUUGCAUCUAAGAACAUUUGUAUUAGGUGUGUAUUUCCACAACAACACUGGAAAUGUCCAAACUUGUAUGAGUUAAUACCUAAGGCUUUAGUUUAAGACUAAAGCCAAAGGUGCACCUAAGAUUAACAUGGACCCUAUAGGGUCCUUUCACUAAUCUGCUCUGUUUAAGAGCAAUUAGUAUAGAUGCCCACAUAAAGAAUCACAUGUAAAGUAAAAAUGGUUGAUGUGCCUGAUAGAGAUUUCUGUGAUUUUAUCUGAAACACAAAGAGUUUUUUUUACAGAUAUGGUCAUUACCAUAGUAAUGCCAGAGUUUCUUGAUAUUCUUAUUACUUAUUAUGUCCAACUAAAUGACCAUAGUCUGGGUUAAUGAAUCUGUACCUGUCUACAUACAGUCAGGUUUGGAGGUGAUAAACACACUAACUCUUAUACGUAUAGGUAUGGUUCUUAUUUACCUCUGUAAGAAAGAGUUUAUAUGUGUGUAUGUAACCCAUUCCCUUGAUGCAGCAGUAACAGCUAGGUCCCCCCCCCCCCCAAAAAAAAACCUCUCAUCAUGGCACAUGGAUACACAAAUUAUAUUUAGUGUAUUGCUACUCAAAUAAAAUCUGAUUUAAAUAAAGAAAUUAGGCAAUGAUACAGUUAGAUCCAGGUGAGAUUUCCAGUGGAAAACGUAAAGCAUUAUUGUUCAUCAAGGGGGUGAACAGUUCCAAUGCCAGUGCAAUGUGAUCUAAUUUUUAAACAAUACUUUUCUAUAACCCAAUAAGACUGCUUAUUCAUAAGCAGUGUUUAAAAAUGAAUUGAUUUUCUUUUGGUUCAAAUUUUGUGAGUUUUUGAAUUUUUUUUUAACUUUGUGACAAAACUAUUUGAAAUACAUAUUUCAUAAAAAACAUCAAGCCCCGAGAAAUCAUUGGCAUGUGUUGUGUGAGUUGGGUUGGUGGGGGUUGGUAGGGUGGGGGGUUCGGGGGUUUGGCAGGUGCUGUCAUAAACCAUGUGGCUAGGUUUACGCUAAGUGUAAACCAUUUAAAUACAUUAUAAUUCUGGAGAUUGUCUGCAACAUUCAAUAAGAUGGCUUUAGAUUUUUGACCAUAUAAGUAAAGCAGUCAUCGGGAUACAAUCAUAUGGAUUUAUCAGCAAUAACACACACACACACACACUCACAUGCACACACACACACACACACACAUUCACUGAAACAUAAUAUAUUUUUUUGUGUGUGUGAACCUAGCCAUACUAUAUUUUAAAAUCUGUACAGAUAUUGGCUAACUCUGAUAAAGGUAGAAAUAUUAGUAAAAAGUUUCUUUUUUUUUUGUCUAUUUGCAUUAUAUUAAUAUUGUAUAGCUAUGUUCUUGUAUGCAUCUGAACCUCUCUUUCUGUAACAUGCUCAGUGGUAUAGGAAUGUUUUUGAAUAUAAACAAUAUAAAUCCUAGAGAUACAAUUAGAUUUAACAUACAUCAGUAGUUAUAACUUAGAUUUGAUAUGUUGGGGUAAAUUUAAAAACAUUUAGUUGCUGUUGAUUUUGUCAUGUAAGUUAAAAAAUUAUGUACAGAAAAACAAAUUCAAGAAUUUGAAUGAUAGACUCUAGCUUGUUUUUUUUUUUGCUUUGAAUUUUUCUUUUGUCUUUUAUUUUGUGUUUCUGAUUGUUUAUGCAAAGUGUUAAAGAAUUUUAAGAGAGAAUGUCAGAAUAUAAUAUUAAGCAUCUCGUUAUAUACAAUGACAAAAUAGAUAACAAAAUCAUUUUGUCAAAAUUUCUUUGGCCACAAUAAUUUGCAUGUUUUAUAAAUUAACCAUAAUGCCUAAUGCAAUCCUAAUGCAUUAUGGAUGAUAACAUCUAUUUCGGUGUAGUUUAUGAGGAAUCAUUUUUGAUAUUAUGCAUCCAAACAUAUUAGUUUACUCUUUUUUUUCUUUUUGGUGUAUAGUUUAAGAAUGGAGAAACCAUACUAAAAAAAAUGUAAACAAUUUUGCUAAAUUUGAGCUAAAACUGAGUUACCAUUCUAGUAGAUAUACUAGUUUCAAUAUGAAAAAUGUAAACAUAUGUUAAAAUAUAAAAAAUUUCAUCUGAAAUGAAGUUCAAUUUGAGGCAACAAAUGCUUGUUUGCACUUAUGCUUUUUGUCAGAAACAAUGAAAUUAAUUUAGUCAUAUAUAAAAUCUGAAAAUAGUCAAAAAAAAAAAGAAAAAAAAAGUGAUAUGCAAGUGCAUGUUAUUUCAUAGAAAUCUAAAUGUAAUAACAUUUAUUGUAGUGAAAUCUAUUGUGUGUAGAAACAAACUUUUCAAAGAGGUGAUUGUACAUCAUGAUGCUUAAAAUAUUUAAUGCCCUGGAGGUAUUUUUCUAAUAAAAAUGACUGAACAUGGAGUAAAGAAGCUGCAGUUUCAGUGGUACGUAACAAACCUGCAGCAUUGAGCACAGUGUGUGGUUAAUGGAACAUCAUGUUAUUCCAGUCUGUAAUUAUUUUUGCAUUAUUUUUUUGGUAGCAUUCUUAGGUUGUUGUGUAUAAAAUUAAUAUAGAAUAAAUGCUACAUUUGCUGUACUACAAAGUUUGUCAAGACCGUGUUAGGUAAGAGAACUUAUUCAAAUUAUUUAGAGAACUGUGUAUGAAGUACAAUAUUUGUACAGGCUUAUUAGUUCAAAGCCACAAUCAGGGAUUUAAGAACAAAAAAAAAUCAACAGAACACUGGAAUGAAAAAUAUGACUCUCCUGAAAAUCAGACCUACAAGUACAGUGACAGAAGAUAACUAUGUAAGACAUUAGAACUGAAUUUGAAAUGAAAUUCAAAUAGUCUAUUUUUAGAUGUAUUUUUUUACUCAUGCAUUCUUCUGGCAUGUUUCAAGAGCAAAAGAGCAACAAUCCGACAUAAAUAGAAGAUGAACCACCAAUCCCUUAUUGUGGCAUUAAAACGGGGGCUUUGCUUUAGUUUUUAUGACUUAUUAAUAAAAGUAACCUCUACAGAGCCUGAUGAGUAUGUGAUAAGCAGGGAGCAAAUAGCUCCCAUUUUAAAGAACAAAUAGCCUUAUAAAGAACUGGAGCAUUUGUUGCUACUUGCUGUGGUUACAAUGUAGCAUAAUGAACACAGUGUUAUAUUGUAGCAUAGCCGAAGUCUAUGUUGUUUAUGUUGACAGUGAAAGGUUUUAUGUAGUUUUUCUUUAAAUGGACCAGAUUCAGUGGUAGAAUUGUGUGUGUACUUAAUUUGUGAAAUGUACUGCAGCAGCUAACAAUUUUUUAUUUAAAAAAAGUAGAAGAUAAAGUACCCCCUAAAAUAUUCCUCAAGAUUCAUCAUUAAACAAAGAAGUAUACUUGAA